CUCGCGAAGGACGAAGCUCGAGAGGGACUGGGAAAGGACACAGCAGCUCGAGCUCGAAGGAGCGAGGCAGUCGUCGUAGUCGAAGGGAAGAGUUCUCAUCAGAGACGUCGUCGUGUGUUGUCCCCGUCGAUCGAUCGAUCGAUCGAUACAUUUCGACAGAGACUGCCGCAGGUCGUAGUCGGGCGCAGAGGAGGUCGAUCAGAGGAGAGUUGGAAGGGGCGCCACGAUGUCGACGGGGCAGCUGUUCUCGAGGACGACGCAGGCGUUGUUCUAUAAUUACAAGCAGAGCCCAGUGCAGCGCAUGCUGGAUUUCGAUUUCUUGUGCGGCCGCGAGACGCCUUCGGUGGCAGGAGUGAUCAACCCCGGGUCUGAGGGCUUCCACAAGCUCUUCUUCGGGCAGGAAGAGAUCGCUGUUCCCGUGCACGGCACCAUCGCCGCUGCCUGCAAAGCGCACCCGACGGCCGAUGUGUUCAUCAACUUCGCCUCGUUCCGAAGCGCCUUCGCCUCCUCGAUGGAGGCUCUGCUCCAGCCUACGAUUAGGGUUAUUGCCAUCAUUGCCGAGGGUGUCCCUGAAGGCGACGCGAAGAAGCUCAUCAGCUACGCCCGCGCCAACAACAAGGUCGUCAUCGGUCCGGCCACAGUCGGAGGAAUUCAAGCCGGUGCGUUCAAGAUCGGUGACACAGCGGGCACCUUGGACAACAUUGUCCACUGCAAGCUCUUCCGCCCCGGAUCUGUCGGUUUCGUCUCCAAAUCGGGCGGUAUGUCCAACGAGCUGUAUAAUGUGCUGGCCCGUGUCACCGAUGGUUUGUACGAGGGAAUAGCCAUCGGAGGCGAUGCGUACCCGGGAUCGACUCUGUCGGAUCACGUUCUUCGCUACAACAACAUUCCCCAGAUUAAGAUGAUCGUCGUGCUGGGCGAGUUGGGAGGCCGCGACGAGUACUCUCUGGUGGAAGCUCUGCAGCAGGGCAAGGUCAAGAAGCCCGUCGUGGCCUGGGUCAGCGGCACUUGCGCCUCCCUGUUCAAGUCCGAGGUGCAAUUCGGUCAUGCCGGAGCCAAGAGCGGUGGCGAAAUGGAGUCGGCUCAGGCCAAGAACAAGGCAUUGCAGUUGGCCGGUGCCGUCGUGCCCACCUCCUUCGAGUCCUUCGAGCAAGCGAUCAAGGAGACGUACGACGCGUUAGUGAAGGAGAAGGUCAUCGUUCCUCUCGAGUACAGCCAGCCCCCGGCUGUUCCUGAGGAUCUCAACGUGGCCAUCAAGAACGGACGAGUUCGCGCGCCGACGCACAUUGUGUCCACAAUCUGCGACGACAGAGGCGAGGAGCCCACCUACGCCGGUGUGCCCAUGUCCACCAUCAUCGAGAAGGACUAUGGCCUGGGAGAUGUCAUCUCCCUGCUCUGGUUCAAGCGCAGUCUGCCCCGGUACUGCACGAAAUUCAUCGAGAUGUGCAUCAUGCUCUGCGCGGAUCACGGCCCUUGCGUAUCCGGAGCACACAACACCAUUGUCACCUCCCGCGCCGGGAAGGAUUUGGUGUCUUGCCUCGUUUCUGGUCUGCUCACCAUCGGCCCUAGAUUUGGAGGCGCCAUUGACGACGCUGCCCGCUACUUCAAGGAAGCAUACGAGAAGGGACUGGCCCCCGACGCAUUCGUCGAAAGCAUGAAGAAGAGAGGAAUCCGAGUUCCCGGUAUCGGUCACCGAAUCAAGAGCCGUGACAACCGUGACAAGCGAGUGGAGCUGCUGCAAAAGUACGCUCGGACGCACUUCCCCUCCGUCCGAUACAUGGAGUACGCUGUGACCGUCGAGAAUUACACAUUGAGCAAGGCCGCGAAUUUGGUACUCAACGUAGACGGUUGUAUCGGGUCCCUUUUCCUCGAUCUUCUGGUGAGUUGCAACAUGUUUUCGCAGCAAGAAAUCGAUGAAAUCAUCGAAAUUGGUUACUUGAACGGCCUUUUUGUGUUAGCCAGAAGUAUCGGAUUGAUUGGGCACACCUUCGACCAAAAGCGCUUGAAGCAGCCCCUGUACCGUCACCCCUGGGAGGAUGUCCUCUACACCAAGUACUAGGAAGCGAAUCAUUCGAGUCUUCCCCUCAUAAUUUAGUUUCACCUUUCUGCUCGAAGGAAACUGUCGUAGUAGUCUUGUGGGUGACCCUUAGACCAACCUGGUGAUGAUUUAUUAGAUUCACCAUCAUUAUUUUCAAGCUUAGAAAACCACACCAAUUUGUGGUCAGAUCGAAUAUGCAGAAGAUCGAGGGUAGAUACUAUUCCGGAUGUAACGCAACAAAUUGAGUAUGCAGCUCAUCUCUGUAUAUAUUGGAUUGUGGACCGAAAUGAACUGGAACUUCAUUUCCCUCCAUUUUUAUUCAACCGCCCCUUGU